ACAGCUACCUUUUGCAUACGAUGAGCUUUUUUGUUCAUUUGAUGACGAGCUUGAUCCACUUUUAGAGAAACUCGAUGUAGACGCCGAGCCCAUUGCAGAAUUGGACGUUGAUGGUCCGGAAUGUGAAGUUUUAUUCGCUACCUUGGAUCUUGGUGGUAUUGGUGGUGCUUCCAUAAGCGCCAUUUCUUCGAAAUCCACUAAAAAUUAAAAGAAAACAGUAAAAAAAACUAAAACCAACACUGAGUUAUUUAAAAGCUAUUAAAAUUAAAAUCUACUCACAAGACAACUUCUUGGCAAGUGAAUGAGAAGAGGUCACUUUUGAUUGUGGCCAAUUCAUAAAAAUGAUCCUAUAAUGUCUUUUAAAUCGUAAACAUAGUGAUAAUAGCUAUCAAAAAUUCAAUUAAGACUUAAAUGUGUCCUCUUUAUUCAAAUUGUUUACUUUAUGAUUAUUAGGGUGUGUCCAUUUGCUAACGGAUUUUAUUAUUUUUAACAUCGCAGUUUUUACCUUUCGACAUAAGGCUCUAUGAAAUAACACCAGGACUAAUAGGAGAUACUUAUGGUCCAUGUUUAACAAUUAAUUCGAAGUACUGUAUAUUUUUCCUAUAACUGAACAGAUAAAGAACGUUAAUAAUCAUGCUAUCGAUUAUUUAUGGACAUGCAUAUAUUUCCGGUUUUAUCAGAUAGACAAAUCGUGAACGGCAAUAGAUGUCAAUGCCUAAUUUAUCGACAUAACGGAGACACCGGUUUUGAAGCCGGUUUCUUUUGAUGUUCACCUCUUUCGGAGUCGUAACCUCACAACGACCCGCCUAAAUAUGGAGUAGGAUUACAAGGUGAAGCGAUAGAGGGUUGACUAUUUCUAGAUGAGUUGAAUUAAUAGGCCUGACAAACGAGAUUGCUUUUUUACAGAUUUAUUUUUAAUACGUGUUAUUCUACAGAAAACAGAUCGACAUAAAAGUGCUGACAUAAAAAACCUUUAAGAUUCCAUAAUUAACAAGAUUCCUAAAAGUGUCAUUAACGACCGAUAACGCUAAUUAAGCAGGAACUUCAUCGGGAAUCGUAUAAAAUAUUUUUUAUGUCUCUAUUUUGUUCUGUUUUAUUGCAGGCGCCAACAAUAAAAAAGCUAUUUUGUGUCAUAAAAUUCUAAGAAAUGCCAUAUUUAAAAGAACAAAAAUAUCACGUAGUACCGGCUCCGUGGAUUUCAUCACGUUCACAUAAGGAUACAGUAGCAGUAUUCCCGCUGAUAAGGAAAAAGUAGUACACGAAUUUAGAUUGUACGUUAUAGUUUUCGGUACGUUACUUUAUAGGUCUCAGAGCCAUCUGACGGCUUUUUUUCAGAACCGUACACUAGAUCGUUCCAGUAACAAUUUAGUAGAUAAGUAAUGCGUAUUUCGACUGUGCAUAAAAUUAAAGCAAAAGUAUUAGAGCAUGAACUUUUGUUUUAAAUGAGCGAGACUUUCAGCAAUGCUGCGAAAUUACUUGAAGUUUGCAUAGCUCUUUAAAUAAUUACUCAUAAAUCUGUUGAUUGUGAACAAUUGAAAUGACUCGUUUGCAUGAACUGUAUGGUUUUAAAUCUAUCAUAUCUACUAAUACCGAUGAAUAAAAUUAAAGCAAUAGCAUUGAAGCAAGAACUUUUGGUUAAAAUGCGCGAGACCUCUAGCGAAGCUGCUAAAUUACUGGAGGUGUACUAUCAUUUUAUUUAGAUGAUGGUUUUUUAAAUGAUAACUCAUGAAUCUUCUGAUUGUUAACAAUUGAAAUGGCCCAUUUGCAUGAACUGUGCGGUUUUAAUAAAGAUCAAUCUUUAUUCUAUUGCUUGUUCCGGGUGACUAAUUUGACGUAGACUGGCUUGUUCAUCUAUUAAUACAGAUGUGGCACGACACAUUAAUAUCAAUCAUGAGCCUCUUGAGAACUUAUUAAUAGCUCCGAUGGAAGUCAAUUUUAAACGCACAACUGCUUUAGCUACCAUGGCAACUAAUUUCUACUGUAUGGCCCCGCGGAUUUGUUGAUUUGCAGGUUUAUUUUUUAAAAUCUGAAUAGAUUAUUAUUGCGUUUUUUCAAGAGUGUAAGCCUUGAUCAUUCUAGUGUUAUCUCUGGAUGUACUUUCUGGAUGUAUAUGAUGACGGAUUACUCUACAUUGAGUUUCGACAAAAUACCGAUACGUUUGGUGAGAUGAUAAAAACAUUCAAGUCCAAAAAAGAUUAAUCUACAGUUUUGAAAUGCAAUGUGAUGAUUAGUUACGUUAAAACUUUUGGGGAAGCUCAUAAUGAUAUCAAAUCAGUUGGAAAUGGAUCGAAGCACUAAAACAAACGAGUGACUUUUCUGAUGGAAGCAGUCUAGGUGGUUCUCCUACAGGCACAUUUGAAAAUGAAACCCCGAAACUAGUCAAUACUUGUCUGUUACAUUUACCAGAGCCGGUGCAUUGACUCCCCUUCUCUCUUUUUCUAUACAAAGCAUCAAGAAGUAUAGCCAUGAAAAAUAGAUAACUAUUAUUUUAUCUAUUCUUUAUGGUUAUAGCAUAAAAAAAUAAAAGAGAGCAGCUCAAGGGAUCUUACCAUACUCUAGCGCAGUCUGACGCAAGUUUCUGGAACAAUUAUCUGAUGCAAUAAUUGUUCAAUUGUUGCGCAACAAAUUUGUUUUAAACUUAUGCAAUAUUUCAGUAAGUAUUGUUUACCAUAUUUUGAUAAUAUAACGAAUAAUUCUUACGCAAGAAUCGAUCAUUAUUUCUACUAUAAAUAUACAAUAUAUUACAGAUACCAGAACGACACAACUUAUUACCAUUUAUCCUGUACUGGCUAUUGGACGUGUUCACAUAAAAUAUUUUUAAAACUCUUUAAUUAACAAGAUUUAUAGCAGUGUCAUUAACGCCUCUCAACAUGAGACCGAUCAAAAAGCUUUUUUAUGUCAUUAAAUUCUUAGAAGUGCCAUCUUGGGAAGAAGAAAAAUAUCAUGUAGUACCAUCUUCGUGGGUCUUGUCACGUUCACAUGAGCAUACAGAAGUCGCAUUCCCGCGGAAAACGAAAACAAAUUUAUUGAAGUAUGUUCGAUACAGGGAGCUGCCUAAACAUAAGUGGCCGGUAUUUCGAGCCACUACUGAAUUGGAAACUAAUGUGUAUAUGGACGCACUUCUCUACAUUGAGUUCCGACAAAAUACUGAUACGUUUGGUGGCAUGAUGAAAUCAUUUAAGUCGAAAAAUGAGUUAUCUGCGGUCCGGGAAUGCAGUGGGAGAACUGGUAACGUUAAAACUUUCGGGAAAGCUUAUAAUGACAUCAAAUCAGCAGAAAGAAGAUCAGAGUUACUAAAGCAAACGAGUGACUUUUCUCAUAAUAAGAGUCUCAGUGAUUUUUCUUUAGUAACAUGUGGAAAUGAAACCUCGGAAGUAGACAAUACUUUUCUAUCAUAUCAACCAAUGCCAGUCCAUAAAAUCAUUGCACUGGCAUUUGAGCAGGAACUUUUAGAUAAAAUGCGAGAGACCUUUAGCGAAGCUGCUGAAUUACUGGAGGUGUAUGUAACUCUCAAAGCUAGUGGAAAGUGAAGUGAAAUUAAUGUUUUGUACUAACUUUUCAUUUAGAUGAUAGAUCUUUGAAUAAUAACUUAUGAAUUUGCUGAUUGAUAACAAUUAAAAUGACCUAUUUGCACGAACUGUGUGGUUUUAAUAAAGAUCCUGUGCAAUUCCAUCACUUGUUCUGGGCGACUAAUUUUGUGUUCACUGGAUUGUUGAUCUAUUAGAAAAAAGACAUAGCACGACACAUUAAUAUCAAUCAUGAGCCUCUUGAUAACUUAUUAAUAGCACUGAUAGAAAUCAAUUUCAAACGCACAACCGCUUUAGCUACCAUAGCAACUAAUUUCUACUGUCUGGCCCCGCGGAUUUGUUGAUUUGCAGUUUCUAUUUUUGUAAAAUCUAAAUAAGUCAUUAUUGUGUUUUUAGAAAUAGUGUGAGCCCUUAAUUAUUAUAGUGUUAUCUCUGGGUUUACUUACUGAAAGUAUAUGACGAUGCAAUAUUCUACUAUAAUUUUCGACAAAAUACCGACACGUUUGGUGAGAUGAUAAAAACAUUUAAGCCAAAAAAAGAUUUAUCUACAGUUUCGAAAUGCAAUGUGAUGAUUAGUUACCUUCAAAGUUUUGGAAAAGCUCAUAAUGAUAGUAAAUCAGCAGGAAACGAAUCGAAGCACUAAGAUAAUCCAGUGACUUUUCUGAUGAAAGCAGUCUCGGUGGUUCUCCUACAGGCACAUUUGAAAAUGAAACCCCGAAACUAGUCAAUACUUGUCUGUUACAUUUACCAGACCCGGUGCAUUGACUCCCCUUCUCUCUUUUUCUAUACAGAACAUCGCGAAGUAUAGCCAUGAAAAAUAGAUAACUAUCAUUUUAUCUAUUUUUCAUGGUUGUGGCAUAAAAAAAUACAAGAGAGGAUCUCAAGCAGUGCAGCCAGAUCGUCCGAUAUUUUUACCCCCUCCUGCCAUUACACUCCAUGCUAUUUCACCACGGGAAGGGGUAAAAAUAUCGCGCAAUCUGACUGCACUGGUCUCAAAAGAUCCUGCGAUACUCUGGCGCAGUCUGACGCAAGUUUCUGAAACAAUAAUCUGAUGCAAUAAUUGUUCGAUUGUUGCGCAUCAAAUCUGUUUCAAACUUGUGCAAUAUUUCAGUGAGUGUUGUUUACCAUAUUUUGAUCACAUUGUGAUGAAUUCUUGCGCAAGCAUUUAUCAUCAUUCUUACUAUAAAUAUGCGUUAUAUUACAGAUACCAGAACGACACAACUCAUUACCAUUUAUCCUGUACUGGCUAUUGGACCUGUACAUAAAAUAUUUUUAAA